AUGCCGCCCGAAACCAGUGCUCUGACCGAGGAGCAGCGUGCCGCGCGCCUGAUGGAAGCUCAGAACAUGGCGUUCGAGCUCUUCCGCGAAAUCGAGCGAGACUUAAUCCGGCCUGGAAUCAGCGAAAAGGCCUUGAGCGACGAGAUCCACGAACUCGGAGCGAAGCGCCACAACGUCCGAACCCACUGGCACAAACGCGUUGUCCGAAGUGGUCCCAAUACGCUCAUGCCGUAUGCGGAGAACCCUCCGGACCGUGUCAUCCAGCCUGAUGACAUUCUGUUCGUGGAUCUGGGCCCGGUAUUCGAGGCAUGGGAGGCUGAUUUCGGCCGCACUUUCGUGCUAGGCGACGAUCCAAUGAAAAAGAAGCUGCACGACGCACUCGAGCCCGUCUGGACCACGGUCAAGGCCCGCUACCGGGAGAAGCCCAACAUGACGGGAUGUCAGCUCUAUGAUAUCGCGUGCGACGAGGCCCGGAAGCAUGGGUGGGAAUUUGGCGGGCAGAUCGCGGGGCAUCUUGUCGGGUCGUUUCCGCACGAGCGUAUCCCAAACGACAAGAUCACGCUCUACAUUACAAAGGGCAAUACGCAGUCGAUGGACCAGUCCGAUGCUGAAGGUCACAAGCGGCAUUGGAUUCUCGAAGUGCAUUUGGUCGACCGCGAGCGCCAGAUCGGGGCGUUUAUGGAGCAGCUUCUAACGAUUGAUUGA